CUGCUGCACCAACCUCCGCUCUUCCGUCCAAGCCAUGGAGGAAGAAAGCAUGGAGCUGAUUAGUCAGAGCACCAUCAAGUCCAUCUCCUCGACCAGGGCAGGGGUUGUGGCUGUUGAGAAAACACUGACGAAGUUGUCUACAGCAGCCGGCCCCUCUGGAAGUGCCUCGGUAGCCUCGACCACGGAUCCAGCUACAACAUCUACCUCGUACGGGACUGUUGAUGUGAAAGCAUCGGUUCUGUCUACAUCUGUCAACCCCUCGGGAACGGGAGGUGCCUCCGUAGAAACAUCCUCUACUGUUGAAGUGAGCGUAGAGGAAAGAACAGAAGUUCUUCCAGAAACAGCCAGCCAUGCCUUGUAUGUCUGCUGCGCCAUUCUGCUACUCUCCUGCCAAGUGCCCUACAGUAUCCUGCGUUAUCAGAUCUCCUCAUCCUUCAUCAGUCAGGCUGAACGCAUGAGGCCGACGGUUCUAGGAAAAGAUAUUGAUCCCGCCCUCCUCCAUCGAUAUCUUCCGCUGCUUGGUAUUGCACUCGCUCCAGUCUUUGAAAUUUACAUCUACCCCUACAUCAGUAAGAGGUUCAUUACAAUGACGAUGCCCAACCGAAUGAAGAUUGGGAUCGUCUUUGCCACCUUGGCGGUUUUAUUUGCCGCCUUCGUGGAGACGGCUCGGAUGACGUUCAUCCACCGAGGCCAGUUCUUCGACCAGGAUGUCAACAACCAAACCGUGGUCGCUUCGAAUCUUACAAUAGGUACACUGAUACCGCAGUAUGUACUGAUGGGUGGAGCUGAUAUCUUCAUAUAUAUCGCAAGUCUGGAAUUUGCUUUCAGGCAGUCCCCAAGAACCAUGCAAGCUAUGGUGACAGGAAUCUUCUUGUUUUAUGCAACCAUCGGCCAAAUUUUGGGCAUACUCCUCGUACCACUUAUAAACAUGGUCACGGCAGCUGACCCAUGGUAUCCACCCGAGAUCAACGAUGGACAUCUCAAUUACUAUUUCCUCGUCUUGACCGGCAUGAGCCUGGCCAAUCUCAUCAUCUUCUGUCUCAUAGAGAAAGGUUACGAAGAAGCGGGUAAAUAUUUAUGCAAUGAAGAUACGGUUGACGGGGCGACGGGCGGUACGAUGACAACGACGACUGCAAACAUCACGACCACCACUGCACCAACAGGGCUUCCUCAAUCUGCGACAGGGACGCCUUCUACGGCUGACUGAUGAUGAAGAUUAAAAACACUGUAAUUUUUCCAAGAUAUUGUUGUACAUGCUAUCGAUUAUUGGCAAAAUUCUUUAUCCCUCGUUUCCUCUUGACUCUAUUAAAAUCCUUUUCUCUUCCCUAUAUUCUAUUCCUCUCUCGAUUUGCGUUUAAGACACUUAUCGAGUUGGUUUCUCUCUUUGCGAGUGUUUUAAUUUUAUGUACAUUUAAGAACAAAGUAGGUUUAAUUUUCAUAUAACUUCUAAUUAACAAAAGAGGAUAGUUUUAUGCUGUAAUUUUGAUUCUUCAUUAAUGUGCUUGAAUAAGUAAUAAACAUUGAAGGAAAAUGAUUUAACAAAAUAUUCUCGUAUUAUGAAUAGCGACCCUCUUUAUAUCGUGUUAUGAAUAGCGACCCUAUUAUCGUAUUAUGAAUAGCGACUCUCUUCUUGUGUUUUGAAUAGCGACCCUCUUCUCCUUUCAUGCAUAGUGACCCUCCUUUAAGAAUAACGACCCUCUUCUUGUUUUAUAAAUAGAGACUCUUCUUUCGUAAUAUGUGUAGUGACCCCCAGUGUAAAUAAACAGCGACCCAAAUUUCGUAUUAUGAAUAGCGGUCCUUACGAGUAAUGACCUACAAUGUGAAUUAUGAAUAGCUACCCUCAUCUCACAUUAUGAAUAGCGGUCCUUUCGAAUAGCGGGCCUUAUUUCUUUAUAAAUAGUGAUCCCCUUUUCGUUUUAUGAAUAGCGGUCCUACAGGAAUGGGAAUUUCCACGUUUUGAAUAGCGGUCCUUAUGAAUAGCGAGCAGACCCCGUCGGACCACAUUAAUUUUGCCGCAGAAAUAUUUUUAAAAAGAGUGAAAAAAAUAAAACGAAAGGAAAAGGGCUAACUGGUAUGGCUCCCAAACGCAAUAGAGACCUUCAGAUUCCACAUAAUCCGAUUUUAUAUAAUCUGUUUUGAAUAGUUUUGUAUAUCUAAUAAC